AUGUUGAAAGCAAAAAAUGGUCCAUCAUGGAUGGUGAGAUAUGUAUCGCACUCUUCUAAACAUCGAGUUCCUCGUCUUGCUAUAAACUCAGAACUUCCUAAGGAUUUGACCACUAUACCUACUCAUGAAUUAUUUGUUAAAUCUGGAUUCUUUUCACAUCCACGUCCUGGUUUAGUAAAUUGGAUGCCCGUAGGGUUGAAUGUAUUACGUAAGGUCGAGCAAGUUAUCAGGGACCGAAUGGUUGAAGUUGGUGGUGAAGAGGUGAAUUUAUCUUCAUUAUCUUCAGCAAGUUUAUGGGAGAAGACUGGUAGAUGGAACAAUACCGAAUUGUUUAAAUUAAGAGAUUCUAGCGGAGAUCCAUAUUGUCUUGCAGCUACUUGUGAAGAAGAAAUCACUAAUUUGGUUAGUCAACAACUUAAAUCUUAUAAAGAUCUCCCACAAUUAUAUUUCCAAAUCAACAAGAAAUAUCGAGAUGAGAAAAGACCAAGAUCUGGUCUACUUAGGGGUCGAGAAUUUAUAAUGAAGGAUGCCUAUUCCUUUGAUAUAGAUGAAACAAGGGCCAUGGAAACUUAUGAUAAACUUGUUGGAGCAUACUAUCGGAUAUUUGAAGAUUUGAAAGUUCCAUUUGUUAAAGCAGAUGCCGAUACUGGAGAUAUUGGAGGAUCUCUUUCACAUGAAUGGCAUUAUUUACAUUCAUCUGCUGGAGAAGAUACUUUAUUUACUUGUGAUGAAUGUGGGAAUAGUUCUAAUUUAGAGAAAACUUUAUCCUACUCAGAAAAACUUGAAGAUCAUUUAGAAGUUGAAGUUGAAUAUUUCCUUACUAAGGAUACUUCAACAUUAAUUUGUGCUUAUUAUCCAAGAGGGAGAACUUUAGAAACAAAUUUAUUGAAAUUACAUAUUCCAGAUAUUGAUUUGAAUUUAAAUUCAUCUGUUAUUAAGCAAGAAGAACUUUUUAAAGAAUUUAAAGAUGAAGAAUUAAUGAUGUCGAAAAAGGUAAUUAGAGUUAUGGAUGCUAGAUUAAACCAAACUUCAAACUUGCCAGAUUUCCCGGUGCCCUUCAUCAAUCGAUCUUUUAUUACCACGAUGUUUGAUACCCCAAUUGUUGCCGCUACAGAGGGAGAAAUCUGUGGAGUUUGCGAAGAUGGGAAACUUUCAGUUCAUAAAUCUAUUGAAGUUGGUCAUACAUUUUUCUUGGGUGACAAGUAUACCAAGCCAUUAAACUUGACGGUUGAAGUCCCACCACCAGCUGAUGCAACGAGUAAAAAAAUGAUUAAACAGAAUGUAGUCAUGGGAUGUUAUGGGAUUGGUGUUAGUAGAAUUAUUGCCGCUAUGGGGGAGAUCUUGAAAGAUUCCCAAGGGUUCAGAUGGCCUAAAAGUAUUGCACCAUGGACCAUGACCGUUGUUGAAGCAAGAGGAUUUGAAUCAAUUGAAAAUGCUGAUUCUUGUGUAUACAAUGUCCUUGACAAAUUGGAAACAGAAUUAGAAGGAUUCAAUUAUAAAGUUGAUGAGAGAUCAGGGGUUGGAUUAGGAAAGAAAAUCAAAGAAUCAAAUAUGUUGGGAAUACCACUUAGUUUGAUUGUAGGGAAGAAAUUCCCCCUUGUGGAGAUUGAAGUUAGAGGUAAAAGAUUCACCAAAGAACCAGUUUGGAGAAAAUUAUAUCAAGAGAAGAAGGAAGAAUUCCAAUGGGAAGUUAAUGAAGAGAAGCAUAUAGUUCACAUUGAUGCAGUAGGUGAAGUUGUCAAGACAUUACUUGAAGAUAUGUGA